AUGUCUACCCCCGAGGAGUCGCCUGCCCAGCGCGCCGCCCGCCUGCGACGUGAACGUCGCGAGGCCAAAAUCAAAGAAGGAGGCUCAGCUCGCCUGGACAAGAUCACUAGCCUCAGUGGCCGUAACCCGCAGUCAGUACGUGAAGAAGAAGCUUCGCCAUCUCCUCAGCUCGCAGUAUCGCCAUCCCCGUCUCCCGUACCACAGACCCGGCCAGCGCCAGCUCCUCAGCCGGAAAUGCCCUCCGCCGAAUCCCUCCAAGCCCAGCAGGAAGCUUUCCGUGCCAUGUUGCGACAGGUGGCCCCAGAACAAGGACAACAGUCGAACGAUGUAGAGGAUCCGACACUGAAGUUGCUGGAGAACCUCCUGGGUGCCAUGCCCGGUGAUGGAAAUGCACCCCCACCUGCUGCUCCGGGUACCCCGGGUGCUAUGCCUGGGCAGUCUGGGCCAGGCCUCUCGCCAGCCGCCAUCGCAUCCGCACUUGGUGUUCCGCCAUUCCUCGCAAACAUGCUGGGCGGAGCAUCUCAACCACCGACCGAGAAGGAGCAGAAGACUGUGCGGAUGUGGGAGGCUUUCCAUGGCCUGUUCGCGGUUGGGGUGGCCAUCUAUUUGUUGUUUAUUAUUGGCACCUCAGUUGCGACAUUCGGUAGCCCACCACCGAAGCCCGCUACGGCGCAAAACCCAUUUUUGAUCUUCGUUACUGGAGAGAUGGUCCUUACUGGAGGGCGGGUUUUAUUCGGUGGAAAACAAGCGGGACUUGGGAUGGUGGUGCAGCUAUUGAGGGACAUCGUUCGUGACGGAAGUCUUGUGAUAUUUGCGCUCGGCCUGGGUGCUUGGUACAACCGCGAGUGGCAGGCUGUUGGUUAUUGA